GCCGCUCCUUUCCAACGUCACUUCCGGGAGCGCCUCUAUCUUGCGUAUUGGCGCAUUUCACUUUUUUCCUCCGUGAAGCUUUCGGGCCGAGGGGAUCCAGAGCAGAAUCUCCGGCUGAAGUUUGUCCUUAGCAGAAAUGGCUGAGGCAGAAGUAAAUCCAAAAGCUUACCCUCUUGCUGAUGCUCAGCUCACCAAGACACUACUGGAUCUUGUACAGCAGUCUUGUAACUACAAACAGUUACGCAAAGGAGCCAAUGAAGCCACUAAAACCUUGAAUAGAGGGAUUGCGGAAUUCAUUGUGAUGGCUGCAGAUGCUGAACCUCUUGAAAUUAUCCUUCAUCUCCCACUACUUUGUGAAGACAAGAAUGUGCCCUAUGUGUUUGUGCGUUCCAAGCAAGCCUUAGGACGGGCAUGUGGUGUUUCUCGGCCCGUUAUUGCCUGUUCCAUUACUAUCAAAGAAGGCUCACAACUCAAGCCUCAAAUUAAUUCUGUCCAACUAUCUAUUGAAAGACUGUUGGUCUAAUUCUGACAGAAGUAACUCCAAAAAACCAAGACUUUAUAUGAAUAUUUUGUUUAACAGCUAUUGUUUUACAAUGUAAGUCAUGCUCUUAUAAGAUGGAUGGCCAUAUAAAUGAUUGAUUAAUAAAUGUUUAUUAGGUUUUUGAA